AUGAUACUGACGGAGCCGUCCUUGUUUACGUGCAGCUUCAGCUAUCCAAACGGUGAACCUCAGACCCCAACGAGGACCCCUCCGACGACCACAAUCUUCGGUGAUUCGGCCUUCCAGACCCCCAAACUCGAGUCCAGCUUCUUCGAUCCCCGAGUCACUUGGGACACCUCCGAUCCCUAUGCCUCCAGCCCCGAGUUUCUUCGUACGCCUCAGAAGUUCGGUAUAGCCACUCCUUCGAUCAAUCCUCUCCGUUUGCCAGACACUGGAUCCGACCGACCGUUAGACGCAGAACCCAAUCUGAGGAGUGCCAAACCGUCGGAGCAGGAAACAGAUACAGCGAAACGGCGCCGUCCGUCCAAACCCAAUGGCUUCAUAGGGGAGGAUUGUCCGCGGACGGGGGAUUCCGCAAAAUCUGCUGCCACAAUCCAGACUCCUCCACCGAGCAGCGCUUCCAGGAGAAAAAUGACGGAGCUUAGGGAGGGUAAAGGCACCGGUCGACGGACUUCCGACUCCAGUGCCUUGGGAGCUCAUCUCGAGACCCCUAGCCGGAUCAUGGGGGCUUCUCCCCGGUUGUUUAAUUUCACCUCUUCCCCGGACCCGUUUCAACUGGGCCCGAUGCACCCUUCCGCAUCCCCUCUAUUCCCGCAACAGAGAUUGUUCUGGGAUCAGGAUCUGGGUAACCAUGAGAUCGGGAUGGGCCUCUCGACCAGCGGAGUUGAUCUGUUCGCUCCGCAGACCAGCGGCCCCUUCCAGCUCAACCCUCCGCCCCUGCAGGAUUCCCACAUCCCUCAACUACCCACCAUUGAGGGUCACAUGGAACUUCCCGAAUUUAACAGCAACGGCUUUAACUUAUCUUCAACUACCACCACCGAUGCGGCGCUGUUCCCCGCCCCGUUCUCGACCUCCCCUCGCCUACCGAUAACAAAGGCUGAGGAUCCAGCCAUGUUUCUCAGCUCGCCGGCACGUCGGUUUGGGGGACCCCAGCCGACUCCGGAGAAGAGACUCUUUGGUCGGCCCACUCGCCAGCCUUAUCAUCACCAGACAGAGGAGUCGAAGCGGGAAGAGCUCCGUCGGGUACAGAGUGUUCACCAGCAGCUCUCCGCAUUCGAUAACGAGGACGAUGACUACACUCCUCGACAGACUCGGCCGAUGCUGACCCGUAGUCUCACCCACACCGCUGUCACGUCUUCCUCUUCUCGCUCAGGAAUCGGGAGCACGAUGUCCUCGACGAAUGGCAUCCGCAAGAGCCCGUCCAAAGGCCGAUUAUCUCCCGUCAAGUCGAUGCGGCAGUCGAUGCCCCGGUCAACGUCCGCCGCUAGCCUUCCCACCCGUUCUCAGUCCCUAGUCCUGAAAAUUGGCCGAGAUGGUCGAGCCAAGACCGAAAUGCAGCCUGUGCAAGAGUCAGCAACUGGAUUGACAGACCCCAUCACCGCUAUGGAUUUGGAGGGCUCUACCACUGAAAGCGAGUAUGACUCGGUUGAUUAUUCUGAAUAUCCCAUCCUCCCCAGUCGAAACCCCUCUUUCGCCUUUUCAGAUGCUGGGAGGUCGGUGACGGCUCGCAGUGACUCAGGUUCCCGGCCUCAUUCUAAGGGUUCCUAUACGUCGACGGCGGCCUCAUCUCAGUCGGGACGGAUGUCUCCUUGGAAUGGAUCUGCUCGGGGCCUGUCCCGCCGACCUCAAUAUAAGCCCACUCUGGAUGACUGGAAACGGACUCCGAAAAGACAAACUGGCAUGCUGCACUCGGAUCUGUCUUAUCUGAGUGCUGGAUCGCUGGGAGAGCCAUUUGACGAUGUCGAGGAGGACAGCGGUGAUGCCCAGCAUGCCCUCCGGAAGGUGUUACAAGAGCGUGGCCGUCCGAUUCGGCCUCAUACUGUCAGUUACAGCUCGCGAAUUGGCCGAGCUAACCGUUCGCUGGCUCACCUCCGGUCGUCACCGCCGCGAUUCGGUGCCGAAUUGGAUAUCGGCGCGCGAGCCAUGAACACUUCCCCCACUACGAUGACGGACCCCGACAUUGCUACACCGAUCACCGAUCGGUUCAGCAAUCCAAGCCGGGGGACCAGGUGUGUUUGCCAUUCUAUGGACAACGGUGGCCAUUUGAUGAUCCAAUGUGAAUCAUGCAGUCACUGGUUGCAUACCAAGUGUGUUGGGCUUGAACGGGCCAAUCUCCCGUCUGUCUAUGUCUGCGUGUUCUGCGUUGCACAGACCCCCACUCGGAAGAACAAUCGUGUUCGAGUUCCCCUUGGGGGAGUCGGUCCGGCUCCUACCUCACCUCUGGCCCAUAAGUCCUAUCGUUUCCGCUGAACCAUCGUCAACUUGCGUACGCUGAUACGACUUCAUCCUUUUCUCCUCUGUGACCUAAUUUUCUUCUUCAAUACCCCUCCUCAUACGCUACACAACCUCAUACCCAUACUCUCGCCGCUCCACUCGAGCCGGAGAGAAUUUUUCUCGUUAACCUGGGUCUCCUUUGUUAUUCUGUCCUGGAUUUAGACAUACCCCUUUUCCCUUUCUGAAACAUAACAUCUCUUUUCCGGGCGGCUCCGUGCUUGCAUCACCGCAGUGAUGGGAGCUAUCUCCCUAUUGUGUUUAAUUGUCCGGCAAAGGGCCACGUGAUACCUUGUAUUUUGUAUGUAACCACUGUUAAUCAACAAC